GCGUAACGUGGCAACGGCCGCCGCGUCCGCCAGGGAGCUUCUCCCCAGUGCACUUGCUCACACUUUGGAAGCUGGAGAGCUGCUUUUGGGAAUAGCUGAGUUGAACUAGAAAAAUGCAUUCAGAAUGAUAACUGCUGCUUGUUGAACCAAACUGCAAAGAUCUCAUGCUUUGGAGGUGAAGAUGAUCAACCCAAGGAGAUAAUACAGCUGCUGCCAUUGUACAACUGAAAGAUCCUUUGUGUCAAAAUGAGCAGUCUUUGAGAAAAAUCUGGAAAGCCAUUAAAUCUGAGAAAUGGGAGAAAGACUAAGGAGCCCAGAUUCUGAACAUGACAGGAGAUCAGAUGGAGAUAAAAAUAGCGACUCCUAUUAUUCAGAUGAAGAUAGUGCAUCUCAUUCAUCUGGUCAGUCACCAACACUAACAUCUACAAGCCAAGAAAAAAAAGAUCCUAAAACACAAACUUCAAACAGCCUUGUGCACUACCAAGCCACAAAGAAAUUAGAUUCCAAAUAUGCACCAAGCAAAAGAGGGACACGGUGGGGUUCCCGUUCUCAGAGCUUCACAAGGGAUUCUCCUGCGAAAGAUAUAGAUCUUGUUACAAAAAGAGUUCUUUCUGCAAGGCUGCUGAAAAUCAAUGAGCUCCGAAAUGAACUGACUGAACUCCACAUCAAACUAGAUGAGCUGCAGAAAGAAAACAGGGCACUGAAGAGGCUUCAGCACAGGCAGGAGAAAGCCUUGAAUAAGUUUGAAGAUACAGAAAACGAGAUCUCUCAGCUUCUUUCUCGGCACAACAAUGAGAUUAGAAUAUUAAGGGAGCGUCUACGGAAAUCUCAAGAGAGAGAACGUGCGACUGAAAGACGGCUGAAAGAUUCAGAAGAUGAACUCUACAGAACAAAAACUGCCUUGCAGAAACUGAAAAAGCUGUCUGCAGAUAAGCACCUUGCUGAAAGAGAUGACCUGGCAAAGAAACUUGCCUAUGCAGACAGCAGGCUAGUAGACAGUGAAAAAAGAAUUAAGGAUCUGGAAAAAAAUCUUGAAUUAAGUGGUAGCAGUUUUCAACGAGAGUUACAAUCAAAGAAAAAAAAGAUCUAUGAGGCUCAAGAAAUAAACAGAGUUCUCCAAGAAGAGCUUCAUCAACUAAAUCAGAAGCUGAAGGAAAAAGAAAGAGAACUUGAAGCAAAAAAUAUAUAUGCUAAUCGUAUGUUGAAGCUAUCACCAAGAAAAGACAUGGACAUGAUACAGAGAAAGAGAGCCAACCUUCAAAAUAUUAAGAAGGAAGCACAGCUCACAAAAGGAGUACAGACCAGUGGAUACUUCUCCCCAGUAGAAUUACUUCCAGAAUCGGAACUUGUCCGUGGGGGCACAGUAAGCAAGAAAGAAGGGAUUCUUCCUAAAAUAGAAAAAGAAACCGAAGACAAAGGAUGGAAGGAGAAAGCAGACCUCAACAAACAAGACCAGGACAGGGAAACAGAAGAGAAACUGAAUUGUUUUCAGAAAAUACAGGUUUUAGAGGAGAGGAUUCAAAAACUUCAUGAUGAGUGGGGAAAGGAAGAAUAUGACACAAUGAAAAAAGAAAGUGGCUUUAUAUUGGAUAAAGAAGAGAAAACAAAGACGGAGACAGAAAUCCAGAAACCUGAAGUUGAGAGAGAGAGCACUGAAAUGCUGGAAGAGCAGCAAAAAAGAGAGUUCCUGCUUGCUAAAAUGCAAGAAAUUGAUAGAGAAACUCAAAAUGUAACAAACAUGAAACCUGUUUCCCAAGCACCACUCAUAAAUACAGCAAGGCAAUCUGAUUUCCUGGAGAAAAAAGAAAAAGCUGAUCAAUUCUUUGGGAUUCCUGGGAAGUUUACAAAUGGAUUUCCUGUAGAUAACAGCCAGGAUGAUGCCGUGAGAGCACAAGGGCAGAAGCAACAAAAUCCAAGGACCACAGAUUUAGGUGGUGAGCUAACGUUUGGUAGUUAUGUACCUUCCUUUGGGAAAGGAUCAGGGAGGCCAAGUUGGCUUACUCAAAAAAGUGUCAACUUAGAAGAAAAAGUUAAAGAAAAUGAAGAUUUCAAUCGUAAGAAGGAAAAGUCCAAUUUAAUGGAACAACUCUUUGGAAGCAGUGCCAGUACCAGUGUUCUUUCCAGAAGUAACAAUACACCACUGGACAUAGACUGGGACUCUAGUAAUACUCUUCUUGCUGAUAAAAAAAGUAAAGUCACAGUAAAAGAAGAUGAUGAGCUUUUCGGUGAAGGAAGAAACCGAAACAGACACCGUUUGCAGCACACUACAAGAAAGCCAGGAGUUCAGACCCUUGGCUCUUUAGAAGAUGAAAUCGAAGACAUAAUCUUACAGUGAUCAUAUUUGUAUAUGUUUCAUAUGUAAAUACUGUAAAAAUAUUUUCAUGUAAUAUUUAGUAGGUACAGAUUUUAAACAUUUCAGAUAUAUUGUGAAGCCUUGUGAAGAAAUAGUUUACAUAAAUGGGUAUAUAUAGAGAGGAAAGAUGCACUUUGGUAGAACAGCCUAUGAACAGCCAUGCAGGAAAUUUGUUCUAAAGUAUGAUGUCCAAAUACAGACAAUGGAGAUGUGGCAGUGACUGUUCUGGCAGAAAAACAGGGAAGGUGUCCUGAGGGACUUUGGUAGGUGAGGUAGGCACUGGCUGGCCACUUCAUUCAUCUGAGGAAACGCUGUUGCCCCAUGCUGGGCUCCAUCCAGAUUGACUGUCACUUGCCUUGUGGCACUGUCUGCUUGCACAGCUGUGGCCCAGGGUCCCAGAGACUCAGUGACAGAAAGCUAGUUGGGGUGCCAUAGGAAGGGAAGGACUUGCAAAGGUUCACACUCACUUGUGCCCUUCGCUCACACUCUUUUGCACACUUCAUGCUCCCUCUCACUCUUGUGCACUUGCUCUCUUCCCUUCUCACCCUCCACCCCUCUCCUCUUGCUCACUCUUACUCUGUGUCUCGUGCCAUCACUCUUAAGUUUUUGAGACUCGCUGAUGGUGUGAUGGUAUGUUAAGUAAAAGGGUAUUUCUCUCAAGGGAGCACUAGUAUUUGCUGCAGAAUGAUUUGACUAAGAAAGGCAGUGAGUUUUUAUGUGGCAGUCCUGGCAUUUGCAGCAGCUACUAGAAGGACAUCUCUGGCUAGCCAGCAUGUGUUUGUAGUUUUACCUGUAGGCUGCUCAUAGGACACUGGUGUACUUCUUUUAGGCCUCAGAUACUUUCUUUCUCAAGCAUUUGGAGAGCAUUUUAACUGUGUCAGGGGAAGGCAUACGUGUAACAGCAGUGUCGCAUGAUGGAUAGAAGAGAUGUACCUACCACAAAGGCUCAGGUAGAAAGAGAAUAUUCUACACAGCAAUUACGUUUCUCAGAAGAACAUCAACAGAAACAUGAUUAACUCAGGAACAGCUGAUAUCCCUCCUGCAUAGGUUUUCUGUAGUACCAAACUUGUCUAACUCUAAAUUUGUACUACAAAUUUGUCUAACUCUCCUCAUAUGUUCAGAUUAUAUUUAUUAUAUAAUGUAAUUUUUGUAAUUUCUGAAUUUUCUAUGUAAAAUUCUGAUCAUUACUAAGUCAUUUUUUAACAAAAUGGUUUUAUUAAAUGAAUUGAAUGAAA